AUGCCCAUGGUUGCAAGCGAAUUUUUGGCGCACGCGAAGCGCUGAGUUCUUGGAAAUUUGUUGCUAGUUGUGUUUGGUUAAUAAUAGCGCAAUUGAGCUGGACCGCAGAAUGAAACUGAGCACGGGUUCGCACUCCGAGAUUGAGGGCGAGGGUGCCCAGAGCAAUGUGUGCGAUUCGGCGUCCAAACACCCUGCAACCGUGGAAGUGGAGUCGGCGGCCACAGAUGGCUUCGAUGGCGAAGCUCCAAAGGACGCCGAGACUAGGACUCCAGUGCAUCGACUGGUGAAAGCAAAUCCUGGCCAGAAGGUCGAGGGAACGCCGGCGGGGGAGGAGUCCGAAGCAGAUGCGGAGAACCAACGACAGACGCCAACCCAGAAGCAGCGUUUGCCCGUGGUGAACAGUAGGAAACGCGAUCUAAUCAAUCUACAGUCGACCCUGAGCCCCAAAUACAUUGGCUAUGCCAACGCCAACUCGCCCACGCCACUUUCCGAUUCCGAUGAUACGAUACGCACCACAAGGCGACGCGUUAACCAAGCGGUGGCCCUGAAUAGCAGCAGCAACAGUACCUGUGAGACCCUGUCCCGUGACAAUGCAUCACCGAAGACCACCGGGGGAGGAGGAGGAGGCGGAGGUGGCGCCCAGCUGCACAACAGCAGCAACAGCAAGACCUACAUGAGCCCCAUUGAGAAGCUGCUGAUCAAGAACGGUGCUAGUUCGCCCAACAGCACGGGCUUCGAGGCGGAUGCUGAGGACCUGGUCAUCCGACCAGCGGUUCGCAAGCAGCUGAAGCGCAAAAUGAAGCGCACGUUCAAGUCAAAGGUGUCCGUAGCCCCAGAGGCAGAGCCUGUGCAGGAGGAGAGGAUCAUAAAAGUGGAGCCAAGUGACGAGAAAGCUCCCCCGGCAGAAGAAUCCUCAAAACCCGACACUGAAACUUCUACGAUCUCCAUUAAAUCCGAGACUGAGGCUGAACAUGAAGAGGCCAUUGAGGUUGCUAUAAAGCAGGAGGAGGACACAGAAGUGAAGCCAGCAAAAGGCAGUCCCCGAGAUCACAGUGAAGAACCCAAAGACUUGGACAAAAGUCCUGAGCAACUGACAUUCGCCCUGCCAUUGUCCGCCGCCACAGAAGUAGAUCUGAAAUCACCGCCCGACUUAGGUUCCACUGCCCUCGGUGGCUCCGUCAAAUCCCCCUCCUCCGUGAGCAUUGACAGUGCCAAAGGCAUGUCCAUUGUCACUGAUCCCGGUUGGCCAACCUACCAAGUGGGAGAUCUGUUCUGGGGCAAGGUCUUCUCGUACUGCUUCUGGCCCUGCAUGGUGUGUCCCGAUCCGUUUGGCCAGAUUGUGGGCAACAUGCCGAGUCAUCCGCAGCGCUCAUCCCUGGACAAUGCCGCAGUGCCCAUCCAGGUGCAUGUGCGCUUCUUUGCGGACAAUGGGCGUCGCAACUGGAUCAAGCCGGAGAAUCUGCUCACCUUCGCCGGGCUCAAGGCCUUCGAGGAGCAGCGCGAGGAGGUGCGUAUUAAGCACGGACCGAAGAGCGCCAAGCACCGUCAGAUGAUUCCCAAGCGGAACAAGGUCGUCAUUUGGCGGCAGGCCAUCGAUGAGGCUCAGAUUAUGACCGACAUUCCGUACUCCGAUCGCCUCGAAAAAUUCUACCAGAUGUACGAGAGUGUCAUCACUCUUAAUAAACAGAAGCGCAAACGAACCAAAUCUAUGAUGCAGGAUACUUCAGAUGUGGGCAGCAGCCUGUACGACUCCACGGACAAUCUGCACAACAAGGAUAAAGUCACCCAAUUGGUGGCCGUGAAGCGGGAGCGUUCGGAGUCGCCAUUCAGUCCGGCCUUCUCGCCCGUGAAGAGCAAAAACGAGAAGCGGGCCAAGCGGCGUAAGUUGAGCGGUGGCACCGAGGCGGAUACUGGCAGCACCAUGAUGACAGUGACACCUUCUCAGACCGAGACCAGCUUGGAGAAACACCUUUCGCCGGAUGGCUCCGCCUCUCUUUACGAUAAUCCCGAAUUCGGGCAUCUGUUCGCCGCCAUCAAGGACUACGUGUUGGUGGACCAGUCCGAGGAAAAGGUGGAAAAGGUUCUGCUAGCCGUGGUGAAAAAUAUCUGGUGCCUAAAGCUGAUUCAGUUGCGCGACCUUGAACGGGAUUUGGCUAACGGCGAGCCGGUGGAUCAGCCGUUGGGUUCAUCGGUGGUGGAGCGUGGCCGCGGUGUGGGAACCAUCAAACGGCUGUCGAAUCGCUUGAAAACGCUGAUGAUUCGCCGCAGCAUGACUCCGGUUGUGGCACCAAGUCCAACGCCGGCGCCUUCGGAGCCAGAACGUCGUCUCUCCGAGGCGCCCAAGCCCAAGAAGCCCUUCAACCGGCCCAUCGAAGAGGUGGUCGAGGACAUCUUGCAGCUGGACAGCAAGUACCUCUUCCGCGGUCUCAGCCGCGAGCCGGUGUGCAAAUACUGCUAUCAGGCAGGCUCCGAUCUGCAGCGCUGUUCGCGCAACUGCAGCAGCUGGCUGCAUGCCGACUGCCUGGAACGCAAGGAGACGGGAGCUCCCAUGCCCAAGAUCGGCAGUCGAAGGGCCAUUGCCAUUUCGCCCACAUCCAAGUCGCCGAGUCCCGAUGAGGAGCAUGUAACGGCUGAUGCCAAGGCGAUUGCCGGUGGCACUCAAUUAGUGUGUCAUGAGUGCAACAUUGGCGAACCGGAAGGCUGUGUCAUUUGCCACCAGGUUGAGUCGCCAUCCAAUGCUCUACCAGGCUCCCCCAUUAAGGAGGAGGAGGAGAAUCCAUCGCACACCAUAACCGAAGAUAAACUCCUGACCUGCAGUCAGCCACUGUGUGGCAAGCAGUUCCACACAGGCUGUUGCAAGUACUGGCCGCAAGCGAAUAGCAGCAAGAGCUCGGCCCGUUGUCCACGACACGUGUGCCACACGUGCGUCUCCGACGAUCCCAGUGGCAAGUUCCAGCAGCUGGGCAGCUCCAAGCUGGCCAAGUGCGUCCGCUGUCCGGCUACCUAUCACCAGGACUCCCAUUGCAUUCCAGCCGGCACCCAGAUGCUGAACGCCACGCACAUCAUUUGCCCGCGCCACAACAUUGCCAAGGCGGAUGCGCACGUGAAUGUGCUGUGGUGCUACAUUUGUGUGAAGGGCGGCGAACUGGUCUGCUGCGAAACGUGCCCCAUUGCUGUGCACGCCCACUGCCGGAAGAUACCGAUCAAGACGAACGAGAGCUACAUCUGCGAGGAAUGCGAGAGCGGACGAUUGCCGCUCUACGGUGAGAUCGUGUGGGCCAAGUUCAACAACUUCCGGUGGUGGCCGGCCAUCAUACUGCCGCCCACCGAGAUACCCAGCAAUAUACUGAAGAAAGCCCACGGCGAGAACGACUUUGUGGUGCGAUUCUUUGGCACCCACGAUCAUGGCUGGAUUUCGAGGCGCCGCGUUUACCUCUACAUCGAGGGCGACACUAGCGAUGGCCACAAAACCAAGUCGCAGCUGUUUAGGAACUACACCACCGGCGUGGAGGAGGCGACGCGCUUCCUGAAGAUCAUAAUGGCAAGGCGUCAGGAGCAGGCCAUCCGACGCCAAACCGGCGCCAAGCUUCAUCCGCCGCCAUAUGUCAGAAUCAAGGCCAACAAGGCGGUGCCGCCCGUACGCUUCACCCAGAAUCCGGAGGAUGUGAGCACCUGUGACUGCCAGCCCACGAAUGAGCACCCGUGCGGUCCAGAUUCGGGCUGCCUCAAUCGCAUUCUCUUCAACGAGUGCCAUCCCGAGUAUUGUCGUGCCGGCGAUCGUUGCGAGAAUCAGAUGUUUGAGCUGCGCAAAUCGCCACGUCUGGAGGUGGUUUACAUGAACGAGCGGGGAUUUGGCCUCGUCAACCGUGAGCCCAUUGCCGAGGGUGAUUUUGUCAUCGAGUAUGUGGGCGAGGUGAUCAACCAUGCCGAGUUCCAGCAGCGCAUGGCGCAGAAGCAGCGGGACAGGGACGAGAACUACUACUUCUUGGGCGUGGAGAAGGACUUUAUCAUCGAUGCGGGACCGAAGGGUAACCUGGCCCGGUUUAUGAACCAUUCGUGUGAGCCGAACUGCGCCACCCAGAAGUGGACUGUCAACUGCAUCCAUCGAGUGGGUCUAUUUGCCAUCAAGGACAUUCCAGUGAACACUGAGCUUACUUUCAACUAUUUGUGGGAUGAUCUAAUGAACGACAGCAAGAAGGUUUGCUUCUGCGGAGCAACUCGGUGUUCCGGCCAGAUUGGCGGCAAGCUCAAGGAUGGCACAGUUAAGGAGACAAACGCACAGACAAGCAAGGGAAAGAGCAGUGCCAAACUGAAGCAAAUGCGUCGUGUAAAGAGUUCCGCCGUUCGCAUCCACGUUGCGGCUGGCAAGAAAGUUAAAAAGGCUACCAAGGUUAAGCACAUUAGUGCCGACGAUGAGCCAAUAGAAUAGUCUGCUUAAAAAAAAGAGCGAUAUUGGCUCAAUCAAUCUAUUUUUUUAAACAUUACAUUGUUGUAUUAUGUAGAAUUAUUUUUAGCUUGCACAUGUAUUUAUUUAUGAAAAGCACCACUAUUAUGUUUAGUAGACAAUUGGUCCACCGUAUGCUGCCCCAGAUCGAUGUUAUGAAAAUAAAGUGAAAAGAGUAA